AAUCAGAGGAUUUAGGACGAAGGGAUUCAUUAAGGAAUACACAUCCUUGGAGUAAGCAUCCAAUUCGAAAAGAAAAGUUGAGAUUUAUUUUUUUGAAAUCAAAACAAAGUUACACGUUGCAUUAAAAAACAAAUAAAAUAAAAAUAAAACCUUAAAAGUCUGAACAGUGAUUUGAUAAAUUAUGAUGGCAUUAGGUUCGGAGAGAUUACAUCACACGCAGCAGACAUCGCCGGGAGGCAAUAACUAUUUGAAGCACAUACCAAUAGCACCGGCGAAUCAUUUGAGCUUGGAUGGACCAAGAAUGAAUAAGCGUUAUGUGUACGCAAAUAAGCCCUACGGAGGAAUCGAAUCCAAUCCAUCGGUUAUUCGACGAAACGCUCGUGAGAGGAAUCGUGUGAAACAAGUGAACAAUGGAUUUGUGAGUUUGCGGCAACACAUUCCACCGACGAUAGUUGCCGAUUUGAGUAAUGGCAAACGGAUGGGUGGCAGUAAGAAGCUGAGCAAAGUUGAUACUCUACGAAUGGCCGUGGAGUAUAUUCGACGGUUGAAGAGCCUUUUGGACGAGGACACCAAAGAUUCAGUGAGUUCGGUAUCGAACAAAAGUGGAGUGAAUACCAAUGCAAGUGAAGGAUUUUCUGCCGAAGCUCACCAAAACUAUGCCCCAGUUCCAAUCAACACUAUGUCCUUCUACGAGGAACAACACCACAACUACGACCAGUAUUAUCUGACACCUCCUGUUUGCCAGGAUACGGCGCUAGUGUCGCCGACAUCGUCCAACUACAGUGAUGGAUACUUUUCAUCAGCCGAGCAAACAGAACCAAAGUCACAUGUUAAAUUUGAGAACUCUUUUGACGAUUUUAAUAACUCCGCGGAAGAUGAAGAACUUUUGGAUUAUAUUUCCUUGUGGCAGGAAGAAAUGUAAAUGAGUGACGAGUGUAUUUGAGUGUGAGAAUGAAGAAAAGAUGAAAAGAAAGCGAAAGUUGGAAUCAUUCCUGGAGAGUCCUAGUCAAAUUUUGAGAAUGAUAAAAUUAAGCCAUUGAUGACACUAUUACCUCUUUAAAAUGUAAUUAUUUUUGUUUGUUAUUUAAGAUUAUGUAAAUAUGUACACAGUGAAUUUUAGAUUUUAAGGAUUUUUUUUUUAAAUUAUUUUUUAAG